AUUGUCAUUCAGAAUUUCUUAGCCACUAAAAGUCUUACACGCAAAGUAUUUUUAAAAGUUUCAUUCUUUAUCAUUGGCUAUCAGACCAUUGACUUUUUGAUAGAGAUUAGAUAAUGAUUCAAGCUGUUUAAACGCCUACAAUGUGCAGCAGAUUAUUCUUAUACAAUUAAGCGUAUUAGUAAUUUGACAUUAAAAGUAAGAAAAAAUGUCGUUAACCAGGCGGCUUCAUCUCGACGAAAUUGUCACAUCAUUUCCAGAAUUAGGGCCCACAGUACCUGACGGUGGCUACUCAUGGAUUGUUCUGUCUGGAGUAUUUUUGGUCCAGAUGACAGUUCCAAGUAUUUUUGCAAUGUAUGGAAUAGUACUGGCUUACAUACAUGAAAACAAUACUAAUAACUCUGAUAUAUUAAGUGAGAAAAUUAUGUUGACACCAAUACUGUUUAAUGCUUUCUGGAAUUUAUCAGAUCCUUGGGCAAAAAUGAUUGUGAGUAUGUCAUCAAUUCCUCGCUUGGUAGGAGUAAUAGGAGUGACUUUAUUAGCAGUUGGAACCAUAGCAUCGGCAUACCUUGCAACAGGUGGAGUCGGUGCAUAUUUGACCAGUGGCAGUGCAGGUGCAGUAAUGGGAAUAGGCGCUAGUUUUGUCGUCUUACUGAGCGAUUACGUUCUGCGAAAAUAUUUUCGGAAGAAGCUUCUUUUAGCGCUAACAGUGAGAAAUAUUGCAACUUCAUUUGGUCUUGUACUCGUUCCAAGCAUCACAUAUUUACUGUUAUACAAAGCCAGGCUGAAAACUGGUCUCCAAUUAAUGACCCUUAUACUACUGCCUGCUCUUCUUGGGACAUUAACUUUUAGGCUGCCUACUCAGCAACAAACUCCUUACAGUCUUCUCCUUUCAACCGAAGAAGACACCGAACUUCCCAUAAGAAUCUCUUCAGAUGUUUCUAAAAGCGAACAGCAAUUAAAUAGUCAAGAUGAGAUAGAAAAUUCAGAGUAUGGUCAACCCAAUGAAAGAAUACAACACGGUGGAGGAUUAUUAAAUGAAGGAAGUAACAUGUAUGCUUACGAAGAUCUGGAUGAAGAUGUAGAUUUAUUUGUUAAUCCAGUUAGUCACUCAAAGAGCAAUUGGAAGUAUCAGCUUCGUGCUCUAAAGAACUUCAGAUUGUGGGCUGCAAUCGUUGGCUGGAUCGGAAUGAAAGCGUCUACUCUCUAUUUUUGGAUUCUAUUUCCUCUACUCAGUAGUAGAAUCGUAGAUGAUCCUUACAUUUGGAUGCCGUUAUUUAUUACAGCAAGCUUUGCUACUUUUCUACCAAAUCUGAUCAGUUAUAAAAUAUUAAAAGCCAGCAGUCAGAAUAGAAGAUUGUAUUUUGGCACAGCAUCUUGGGUUUGUGGUACUAGUUUAAUAGGUAUAAUGUAUGCGAAUAGUUACUCGUGGAUGCUGAUUUGUGCCCUUUUAGGUGGUAUUAGUAUUGGUAGUUUGUUAAGUUGCCAAGAUAUAGCUUUGUACGAUGUUCUUGGUGUUGAAACAAUGCAUUCUGCUCAUAGAGGAUUAUCAACCAUCGUGGGUUUAUGUAUACUGAUCUUUUGUUUCAUACACAACAUAACUAUCUCUUUGAGUGUUACAGCGCUCUUACAAUUUCUCGGUGCACUUUAUUGGAUCUCCUCACCUGUGCUGAACUUAAUUAAAGAAACACAGUACAGAUCACUUAACACGAUGAGCAGAACAAGUAGAGACGAGACAUGAUAAAAACAAUUUUACAUUUAAGAAUAAUAAUUGUACCUUAUAUUUUAUCUUAACGAUAUGUACAGACGUUUAUAUUAAUCACAAUAAUCUGUUAUCUAAAAAUAAAAAUAGUACAUAUAUAGGUAUAUAAAAUCGUAAAAAUAGACAUUUUAUAGAAAUUAAAAAAUAGGCGACGAAUAUUGUCUAAUAUAAAAGGAAUAAAUAUUUCACAGUAGUAUCUCGAA